AUGAGCAAUCUAGUCAAGAACCACCCCGACAGCAAAACCACCUCGAUGGGGAUCGAGAACGCCGAGACCACCUACCUCGAGACGAUCGACAAGCAUGCGGUGGAUGACGAUAUCCCCGUCUCUGCCUUCAAGGACAUGUCCCGCCGAGACGCCAUCUGGACCUUCCGAAAGGCCAUCCUCUUUGCCGUCUUGGUCGCCUGGGCUGCCAUUAUGGAUGGAUACUUGAUCAGCAUCCCCGGAUCUAUUGUGGCCAACAAGUACUUCAUAGCCCAAUUCUGCACCGUGAUCGAGGGCGAUGGCAAGUGCGCGUUAGACUCGGUCUACGUCGGAGCCUGGACAGCGGUCCAGUCAGUUGGCCAGAUCAUCGGCAUGCUCAGCGGCCCUAUCACGGCUGACUGGCUGGGGCGCAAGUUCAACCUAGCCCUUUUGACAGUCAUCCUCACCCUCGGCGUCAUCCUCGAGAUCGUCGCCACCAACAACGCGGUCUGGCUUUGCGCUCGCCUCUUUGCUGGGUGGGGAACUGGUAUGGUACAGACCGGUAUCCCAGUUUACAUCAGUGAGAUCGCUCCACCCAUGAUCCGCGGCGCCCUCAUCGCCAUGUACAACUUUUGGUUCGGCGUCGGCGGCUUCGCUGCGUCCAUCGCUCUUCAGAUCGCAGUCGGCCAAGAGGGGUACAAGAACCCCAUCUAUUCGCAAUUCGUCUUUAUCGGUCUCAUGGUCAUCGCCUUUGUCAUCAUCCCAGAGUCGCCUUGGUACUACCUGAACAAGGAUCAGCCAGAAAAGGCAAAGGCCAUGCUGAAGCGCUUGUAUGGCGGUAUCGACGGCUACGACGUCGAGCACGAGUAUCGCGUCCUCAACUAUGAACGGGAGAUGCAGAACCGCUUCGCUGCGGAUGCGAAGAAUGCCAGCUACGCAGAAAUCUUCAGGGGGACCAAUCGACGGCGCACCUGGGUCUCCUGGCUUCCCCUCCAGUUCCAGGGCCUCGGCGGCCUCUCCUUCGUCCUCUCCUACACUACCUAUUUUUUCCAGCUUGCUGGGGUGGCUGAUCCGUUUCUUGGAAACGUCAUCGUUAAAUGCAUUCAGCUCUCCGCGCAGGUCAUUUCCUGGUACAAUAUCGAGCGCUUCGGUCGGCGGAUUCUCCUCCUUGUUGGCGGCGGCGGCAUGGUCGUCUUCUGUCUUGCUAUCGCUGCAGUCGGUACCUCACCCAACUGGGUCCCGCCAGGGGGACUCACCAUUGCCCUGUUUUGCCUUUGGACAUGGUGCUACGCCAGCAGCUGCGCGCCAAUCGGAUACGUCUACCUCGCCGAGAUCGCCACGCCUAGACUGCGAGCCAAGACGGCUGGGUUUGCUGCUGCCUGCACAGCUGUGUUUGGUAUCUUCACCAACUUUGUCACCCCAAUCCUCAUCUCGGUUCAGAAGGCCGGUUGGAGCUUCAAGACUGGCUAUCUCUUUUUCGGCUUUGGCUUGGUCGGCUGGAUCGCCAUCUUCUUCACCAUCCCCGAGGUCGCUGGGCGGUCUUACGCCGAGAUCGACGAGCUGUUUGAGGAAUGCGUUCCGACGCGUCAGUUUGCCAAGUACCGGACGCGCGCCCAGAUUGCAAAGGAAGAGGUGGACGCGCGUGCAGCUGGGCUGAGCGGUCGGGCAGAGGUCGGGGAUGUCAAGGCUUAA